AUGGAGAUAUUAGAGCCUCCGACCUCUGUUCACGAAGCAUAUCCUGAACGCGGUCUAAAGGCAUAUAGCGUCGUCUUUGGUGCAUGGUUGAUUUUGUUCCCAGCCUCCGGGAUCCUGAACUCUACUGGUAUAUUCCAAGCCUGGCUCUUUCAGAAUCAGUUGCAAGGAUACUCCGAAAGUGAAGUUAGCUGGAUUUUCAGCACAUUCGCCUUCUUAUUCUUCUUUGGGGGACUUUUCGUUGGGCCGAUAUUCGAUAAUUAUGGCUCUAAGACCUUGUUACCAGCUGGCGCUGCGGGAUUGAGCAUUUCAUUGGUGGCUACAAGUUUCUGUAAAUCAUAUUAUCAGUUCAUUCUUGCCUUUGGGUGUUUGGGAGGCGGAGCUUCCUCGAUACUAUGGACUACAAGUAUCGCCACUCUUGGGCAUUGGUUUGAACAAAAUCGUGGUCUUGCCACCGGCCUUGCGACAACUGCCGGCGGAUUUGGCGGCGUGGGGUACCCAGUCAUCUUUGCUCGACUCACCUCACGUAUUGGAUUUGCGUGGACGAUGCGAUGCUUCGCUUUGCUGAGUACGUUCUGCUUCCUGUUGGGUGUGCUUCUUUUAGAUACACGUCUUCCACGGAGUUCUCGCGGUGCUCUUGCUCUGAACUGGCAGGGCUUCAGGGACGUUCGCUUUGUCCUUACAAUGUCAGCAAUCUUCAUUCUAGAUUGGGCAGUUUUGAUUCCGCCUGCAUACAUAACGAUAUAUGCCGCCUCGGUGAACCUACACUCCAUCUCCCAACAUAUACUCGCCAUUCUGAACGCGGCUUCGAUUUUCGGGCGAGGCUUACCGGGGCCAGUAGCAGACAGAUUGGGCCGGUUCAAUGUCAUGAUCGCAUGUUCGACGAUGUGUACAAUCUCGAUUCUUGGGCUUUGGUUGAAUAUCGGAUCGAGCAUUCCAGGGCUUGUGGCCUUUGCUGUUGUUUACGGUUUCUUUAGCGGCUCUGCGUACAGUUUGACCCCAGUCUGCGUCGCUCAGCUUUGCAAAACGGAAGAUUAUGCUAGCAGAUAUGGCACAGCUUACGGUAUCGUGAGCUUUGCGACUUUAGCAGGUGUUCCCCUCUCUGGCACGAUCUUGAGUGCUGGGAGAGGAGAUAAUUACUCCCCACUUAUUCUUUUCUGCGGCGCGACCUACGCUACUUCUACACUAAUUUUUAUCAUGGCAAGGGGAGUCAGUAAAGGAUGGAGGCUAAGGACGAAGUUUUAG